UAUGGACCCACAGCCCAGUGGACCCACAGCCCAGUGGACCCACAGCCCAGUGGACCCACAGCCCUACGGUCCCACGGUCCUAUGGACCAACAGCCCUGUGGACCCACAGCCAGGUGGACCCACAGCCCUACGGUCCCACGGUCCUAUGGACCAACAGCCCUGUGGACCCACAGCCCAGUGGACCCACAGCCGAGUGGACCCACAGCCCUGUGGACCCACAGCCCAGUGGACCCACAGCCCUACGGUCCCACGGUCCUAUGGACCAACAGCCCUGUGGAACCACAGCCCUAUGGACCCACAGCUCUAUGGAACCACAGCCCUUUGGUCCCACAGCCCUAUGGACCAGCAGCCCUGUGGACUCACAGCCCUACGGUCCCACAGCCCUACGGUCCCACAGUCCUAUGGACCCACAGCCCAAUAGUCCCACAGCCCAAUGGACACACAGCCCAAUAGUCUCACAUCCCAAUGGACCCACAGCCCAGUGGUCCCACAGCCCAGUGGACCCACAGCCCAGUGGACCCACAGCCCUGCGUUCCCACAUUCAUCAAGAUUCUUCU